AUGUCUGAUCUAGCAAGGAAUUUGUUAACACGGUAUUACGGACUUAAUUCAGAAUCGACCGGCAAAAGAUUCUUAUCAAUUCACGAAUCUGUUGAAAAUACCAAAAAUGAAGAUGAGAAACAGGUUGUAGAGCAUACAUCUGUUACCUCCAACGAGGCAAGUGCAUCUGAGGAUGGCUGCCAGAAGAGUAAUGAUGAUAACCGGAAACUGAGUAUUCCAGACGAAACGUAUCGAAGACUAUCACGAGCUUUUGAUAAUAUAGAAGAUGCUUAUGAUUCCAAUGAAAACUCGGAUAUCUUUGAAAUUGACGUUAGAGAAAAUGCUGUGUGUAACACAAAACAUACAGAGUCUCCGACGGAACGUGAAGAAUCUCCAAAUAUCAUUCCAGUCUUUGUUACAACAGAGAAUUAUCCGAAAGACGCAAACGGAAGUGAUUUGAGUUUAACUUCCACCGAGGAUACUUUUCCAGAUAACAUUUCUGAUGUCUCUGGCAUGACACUGAGAAAAUCGCAAAAAUCUUCGAAAACCAGUACACCUUUGCCACCAGUAUCGAAAAAAAAAAGUAUCUGCAACGAAACGUUCGCAGAUUUCUCAAAUAGCGAACUUAAACAAUUUCCUAAUGAAAUAUUAAACAAGUUCUCACAGUUAAGGAUGCUGUACAUGGCUGGCAAUAGUUUAAUGGAACUUCCAGAUGAAGUUUUCACGUUUUUGAGACAUCUAGAGUGGAUAGAUAUCAGGAAUAAUCAAAUUUCAUCAUUGCCAAACAGCAUUGAAUCGCAUCCAUGUAUAGAAACGCUUCUUCUUCAGGCAAAUAAAAUAGAGGAACUGCCACUGGUACUCUGUACUCUCCCAAAAUUAAAAACUCUACAGGUAGCACACAACCCUAUUAUUAUACCAUCAAAAGAUAUUGUAGCCUCAGGCUUUCCAGUAAUUUUGGAAUUUUUAAGAAAAGAAUGGAACAAAGCAUACCCUGAUUGCCAAGUAGAGUUCAAGGAAAACAAAAUUGAGCCAAAAUUGUCAACCAUUCUCUGUUACCAGUCCCCAAGAAAAUCCAAGAAGAAAAUUGCAUCUCCCAAGAUACAAGUCCACGACAGAAAUGCAUUUGUCAGAGGAAAAUGCAAGUUUUACAAACCUAGUAACAGAUGUGAAAGUAAAGGUGCAAAUGCUUCAAUGGAACAUCGCCUACUAUGGUAUUCCAAAGUAAAAGAUCUGUUUAUCAAGCAAGCUUCAAUACUUCAGAAACUAAAGGAUGAGAGUGUCUUAAAAGAAUGGAGACGAGAUAGAAGAAGUUUUAACAUAGCUAUGGAAAAAGCAAUCAAAAGAAAUGAAGAUGACAUUCCUUUUGGAUUUGAUAUAGAAGAUUAUGCUUCCAUAUUUAAACAGAGAGCCAAAUUGGGAACAUUAAGAUCAAAAGGAAAAGAUAAACAGAAAUUUAAUCAACCAGAGGAUAUUAAUGCAAAAAUCGACGAACUGCUGGAAACGUUGAAUAAUCUAGAAACAAAAAUUGUGGAUACAGUAACUCCAAGAACUAAACAAAACUUACUACAGAAAGAUAUAGAAAAGAUGUUACAAUUCCAAGAUGAAAUUCGAAACUUGCGAAAAUACAACGACAUUGCAAUAGUGUCUCUCAAGAAUUAA